ACAGCGAAAACCACCACUAACGCUAUAUUAUCCAAACGCCAGGCACUUCUGCUUUUAUAUCACGCCUCCCUCUGUCCAGAACAAAACCACAAUCGCAGCUUUGGCUACGUGACUCCUGCAGCUGCGUCACUCUCCGCGUGCGGCGCGGCAAAGCAGACGCCAGCUCUCGUCUCGUGCAUCGGAGCUUCUCGUUGGCUCGAAGGACAGCAACAAACUGCUUAUGACUUCGCGGAUCUGACCGCGGAUCUGUCGUCAUGUCUCUCCAGGCAUACAUAAAUAAGAAAGUCCUCAUUUUGACCGUCGACGGGCGUACGCUUCUGGGGACACUUCUCUCGACCGAUCAGCUCACAAACCUCGUGCUUUCCAAUACGGUAGAACGUAUAAUUCGAACCCCAGACGACCCUGAGCCGAGCUCUCAGGUUGAGCAUGGCCUGUAUCUCAUCCGUGGAGACAACGUCGUGAUUUGUGGAGAAGUGGACGAGGGAAUUGACGCGCAAAUUGACUGGACGAAGGUCAAGGGUGAAGUGGUGAAAGGAACGAAGAAUGCAUGAACCGGUUCAACGACAGAAAAGGCCUGCUGGCUCGCGUGGGGAUGCGGGAGAAAGUGAGGAUAUCGACAUGCGCUUGACCGGAUGAGACGCUGGGUUACGAUAUGUCAGCUUUCAGAUGCAUCUCGAAGCUGGACGUCGUGGCCCCCAUCCAGCCACCGAGCAACGUGAGGAGCGCGCUCUUUUCAGCGAAGGGGCUGCCCUUGUGCGCCCCCGAAUAAUUCUUUAUGAUGCCAGGCACUAGGGUCUGGUGCCUAUAAUUAGGAUCAUCGAAGAGCUUGGGGUACUAGGAAACCUGAUUCGUACGGCCAGCAGCAGUUCGACAGAGAGGGGAUUUCGCCAUGGCCCUUUUAGAGACGGAGAGGACGGGAUAUACUACUCUAUAUUCAAAUGCGAAAUGGUCGCUUUGGGGGUGGAUAUGCUGUACUAGUAUAGCCCUUCACUUAGCAUUACGAGAAAUAAUUUCAAAAUGAAUAACAAUGC